AUGUUACACGCCCUCCAUCCUGAGCUCUACCAUACCUUGCUGGGAACGUUGUUUAUUGGCGUGGAGCAUCCAGUAUCCUCAACGGAGAUACCCAUACACCAAUAUAGGGGUAUCAAGUACGCGUCUGUGAGCACUCGUUUCCGUCCAUCGAAACUCUUUGCCACGUAUCCACGACGAACGGACGCCACAAAAUAUGGGCCAAUAUGCCCCCAACGCAGGCUGAAGAAGUCUCUCGAAGAGGAACUGUUUGGUUUAUCGGAGGUCGAUAUCCCUCAUGAGGCGUUCAAGCAGAAUGAGUUUGAGUGCUUGAACAUGAACAUCACCUGUCCCGCUGGCGUAGACUCGCACUCUCGCCUCCCCGUCAUGGUGUGGAUACACGGCGGCGGAGAUAGAGGUACUGGCUCCAGUUGGGUUUACGAUGGCGCCGCACUGGUGCGCAAAAGUGUAUUGCUGCGCAAGCCAGUGAUAGUAGUUUCUCUCAACUUUCGCCUGGGGCUUUUUGGGUUUGCUGCUAGUCCGACGAUCCAAAGCGACAACAAAGCUUCAGGUAACUCGGGGGUCGGAAAUUAUGGUCUUCGCGAUCAACGCGUGGCCCUCGAAUGGAUCCAUCACUAUAUUGUCGGAUUUGGAGGUGAUCCCUCCAACGUCACGCUGUUCGGCGAGUCCUCGGGGGCAGCAGACAUCCUCUCGCAUCUUCUUUCCGCAGAAAACGAAACACGGCCGCUAUUUCACCGUGCUAUUCUUCAGAGUGCUGUGAUUGACUUCAACGUCCCUAAUGUAUCCUCCGCCGGCUGGCAGCUGUCGCGGAUUAUGUCCGCCCUCCGGGUUUCCAACCUCGACGAGUUGAGGGCUUUGGAGGCCGAAAAGCUUGUACCUUACGGGCACCUGUUGCGAGUUGUCGACGAUGGCAUUUUCCUCCGCCAAGGCUGGAGAGACGCCAUUGCGCCUAGUGACGCCCAUCAUAAUCACCAUCGUUUAGACGAAUUAAACCACUUGAGCGAAGCCCUUGCGGGUCCUGGCCAUCUCAGUCCCCAUGGCCAUACGCCAGGCCACACUCCGGGCCACAAAUCUGUCCGUACUUCAGUAGUAUCAACACCUCUUCGUUCCGGAGGUUCAACGCCUGUUCUUCAUCUGCCUCACAACCUACAGCCGCUCAUCAUAGGCGACGGCACGGCAGACUCCCUUCUGUGGUCCCUCCCUGCCUCCAUGUGGACGGCUCCUGCCGUGGUCCGCAGGCUCAAAGCCGUCUGUCAGUCCCUCUCGCGCGCAAGUCAUUUCCUGCACGCGUACGACAUCUCGUCGUACACGCCGGAGCAGGAGAUCACCGGGCGCGUGCUCGAUCUGAUCAACGACGCGCGAAUCGCAUGGCCGACGGAGUGUGUGGCGCAGGGGGCCAAGAUGGCUCGCGGAGGACAUGGGGUGUGGCGCUACGUGUUCGAUCAGGAGGGCCCCGUGCGGGGCAUGCCCCACCAUGCUGCGGACCUCAUUUACCUCUUCGACAACGUCCCCCUUCCGGCGUGCAGCCAGUCGUCUGAGUGCUCCAUUGACUUCUACGAUGGCCCGUUCGACGUCGAUGAUGAUGAGGAGAUGGACGUCAAGUUUGAGCCUAUAUGUCUGGACAAUGAUGACCGCUUCGAAGAGGACGAUGCGUGGGGCAUGACCUCCCCCGUGAACGAAUGGAGCUAUGCCAGAGUCCGAGACACGAUUCAGGAGCGCUGGAUCGCGUUCGCAAACGGCGAGGCUCCCUGGGACGAAGAUAAAGUGUUUGUCUUCGGGCCUGAAGGGGAAACCGGGGAACGUUCGAGAGCCAUCUUCGAAGGACGGCGGCACAAGGCGAUGUGGAGAGACGUGCUCGAGCCGCUGGGGAUGCCGCUCGUCCAGAAAAUAGGUGUCGAACUUAGUCGUGGCCCUCCCAUCAGCUAG